UGGCGGCGGCGGUGGCAACGAAGGAGACGCGAACGUCCACGCGGGUACACGAGGCAGGCAUACCCGGCCGGCACGCACACCCAUAUUCUAAGAUGUGAUUUCAAAAAUGGCGGAUUGCCCCUAUGCCCGCUGUAUACAGGAACGCAGACAUAUCCGACGGGAGCUGCUGCGAUGGACAAAGAAUAUGGUCUUCGUAGUCGGUCUGGAACGAGUAGCGGAGGAGUUGAUGGGCCGUAGGAGAUGGAAGCAAUAUCAGGACACCCUGUACAGCGGCACGCGCAUCAGCGAAUCUACGACGACGACGACGACGGCGGCAGCGGGCCAGCCCCUCCACCGGCUUUAUCCGACGUUGUCAUCGUCUUGCAAUCCGGUGCUCGGAAAUCUGGGCCAAAUCGGGGGGCCGCCCGGUGGUGGUCACCUAUUACAUCCGGCGUCUUCGCCGACAAUUACGCCAGCAGGAGCUACGACGGUUCUUGCAACGGGUCUAGCGACGGGUCUGGGAACCGGGGUGACGACGGGGGUAGCGACGGGGGUCGCUACGGGGGUGGCAGGAGUGCCUGGGAGCUUGGUUGCUUCCACGGCUACCACGGCCACCGUCGUACCCACGAUCGGUCACCUCAAACAAGACGUAUCUUCUCUUCAGAGGCAUCAUCCUCAAAAUCAUCAUCAUCAUCAUCAUCAUCAUCAUCAUCAUCGUCAUCCCCCCUCUCAUCUCCAUACGCCGUCCUUGUUGACCCAGCAGCAACAGCAGCAGGAUCAACUUUAUCAGCAAAAACAGCUGCAGCAGCAACAACAACAGCAACAACAACAACAGCAAGAAGAAUCAAGACGUUUGAGACCAGAGGAAAUAAAGAUCGAAGCGGACGAAGAAGAAUCCGUAGAAGGCAGUGGUGGUGGUGGUGGUGGUGGUAUCGUCGUACGAGAGAACGCGAGGACAGCGGAUUUGGUGGCGACAAGUACGACGACGAGUACGACGUCGACGUUGACGACGACAACGACGACGACAAACUCGACGCAAACGACGAAUACGGGUACCGCGAGUACGACGACGACGACAACGACGUCGUCGUCAUUAUCAUCGGCGACGACAACAACAACCGCUACGACAACCACGACAACAACAACGACCACAACGACGAAUACCUGCUGCGUCGCGAGUACCACGGCAUCGGCGAAUUUGGUCUCGUCGAGAAGACGACGUCGGGCGAGAAGACAAAACGACGGAGAGGAAGCCGACGCCGAGGAGGAGGACGACGACGGUGAGGAGUUGGAGGAAGGAAACGAAGAGGAAGAUUCGAGGACGCGAGGAGGAGAGGAACCGGAAAAACGGUUGAAACUCGACGAGAACGUCGAUAGGUCCGUCAGUAGUCCUCACAGAACGGAUAUUGAACGAUCGUCUGCCAAUCUUUCGGCUACCAACGGCACGAACGACAAUAACGCGGCGGAAGGGACCAAGGAACGGGUAGGAGAGCUCGCGUUGGAACGGAUACCAGUGACGCAAGCUUUACUACGAGUUAAAAAAGAAGAGGAGUUACAGGAGGUGCCAGGUGGUGGUGGUGGUGGUUGUGGUGGUAGUUUAGGAAUCGAAAGGACGACCGAUUUAGAAGGGACCAGAAAAAUUGGUGGGGUGACUGCUGUUGUUGGUGGUGUUGUUGGUGGCGUUGGCGUUGGCAUUGGCGGUGGUGUCAUUUCAAACGAGGCUGCUGAAAUAACGGCGAAAAAUAUCAUUUCGCCAUACGUUCUAGCGAGUAGACGUACGAGUCCACCGCCCGAAGAUUGGAAGCCUUUAGACAAGUGUUACUUCUGCCUCGAUGGCAAGCUGCCCCACGACGAUCAAGCGCCGCUCAGUCCACAGAGCGACAGCAGCAGUAGUUCGCGAUCGGUGGAGUCACCGAUGUCGGUCCAAGUCGACCCAAUGGCGGCGUCCGUCGUCGCGGCCGCUCUCAGCGGUACUUACCCGACUUUAUUGCCUCAGUGGUGCUUACCACCAAGAGAGGCACCUCUCGUCGGGGUACAGGCUCAUCAGGACAGUGCCACGUCGGUCGAUCAACCACUCGAUCUCUCGGCGAAACCGAAAAAUUCUCAGGAUAACAACAUAUCUCCACUGGAACAACAAAAAAUACCUCUGAGGAUGCCUCCGGGUAUGGACACCAAGAGCAUCUUCAACUCGUGUUACCGCGCGAAACCGCGUAUUGCCGUGCCAGUGACGGCAGCGGCAGCGGCUGUAGCUGCGGCGACAGUGGUGGGUGCAGGGGGUAGCGUCAGCAGGAAGACUUACACCGAGGAGGAACUACAGGCGGCCCUAAGAGAUAUACAGAGUGGAAAACUCGGCACGCGAAGGGCAGCCGUGAUUUAUGGGAUACCAAGAAGCACCCUACGCAACAAGGUCUACAAGCUUGCGAUGGAGCGCGAAAGGGACGCGUCCCUCUCUAGCACCCAUUCACACCCUCACGAGUCCGGCGCCCAAGCCACCACCACCACCACCAUCACCACCACCACCACCAUCACUACUACAACACCACCAAAUACGACCCAAAACGCGACCACUCCGCCCUCGCAAGUGGACGAGGUGGACGAGAAGGAACUAUCGGGAGCGGAAGAGGAAAAAGAGGUGGAGAAGGCACUCCUGAAACCUUUGUUGUCGUUGGAAGACCUAGUAAGGUUUUCCGCACUCGAAGGUAGCGGUGGAGAUUCCCUGAGGACUCUGCUUCAGCGAGGACAGGAUGUGGGUCAGGAAUGGCCGGGUUUGGAACACGCAAACAUUGGUCCUUACAUUCAAAAAAUGUUGGCCGCUGCUGCACCGUUCAAAGGACUAGAAACGCAAGAUUACCGCAUUCCGGAGGUGAUGAGGAGGUUAAUGAGCGAAGACAAGAGGUUGAAUAAGAGCGUUAACGGAGAUCAAGGACAGGGACCGCAUCUGCAACAACAACAGCAGCAUCAACAUCAUCAACAUCAUCAUCAUCCGGGAUCGGGGGUAGGUGGGCAUCAACAAAGUGGGUCGCAAACGAGCGUGCAAUCGACGACGCAACAACAAGCGCAUCAUCUACGGGCACCGAUAACCAACGACGAUUUUAAUCCGAGCAUCGAGGAAGAAGCGAGCGAUAGUGCUCAAGGUAGAGCAAUAUUGAAGAUUCCGUCCUACAAGCCAGCGAGUACGCCAGGUUGUUCGAGUAACAAGAACGGCGAACCGACGUCGGCUGCUUUCGCUCAGGGAUUUGCGGCAACGGCUUCGAGUCCAAAUCUUUUGGAACGCGCUAGCCCCGCGUUUUCGGGAACGAGCAGCCCGACGAACUCUCUGGUCGGCAAGGCGGUGCCCGUUAAUUUUCGAGAAGUCAUCGCGAAGAGUAUAAGCGUCAAGUUCCAAGAAGGUCAACAGGCGAGUGGUGUUACAGCCGGAUUGGCGGGUUGUCAAGGUAGUAACGUGGCCCAGUCACAGCAACAAAUGAUGCCUGAGCCGAGUCCUUUCAAAAGAGGUCGUUAUACGCCACCUCAACCAGCGCUACCUGUCCAGCAAACACAACAGAAUAAACCGCAAAAUCAGGACGCCAACAAGCCUAAACCCGGCACCGGUGGUAAGGGAACUAGACCGAAACGCGGAAAGUAUAGGAAUUACGAUAGAGAUAGCCUUGUGGAAGCUGUGCGCGCGGUCCAACGAGGCGAGAUGAGUGUUCAUCGAGCUGGUAGCUACUAUGGCGUGCCGCAUUCCACUCUCGAGUACAAAGUUAAAGAACGCCACCUCAUGAGGCCACGCAAGAGGGACCAGAAGCAACCGGAUGACAAGACGAAAGACGGAACGAGUACAACUACGGCAGCAGCAGCGGCCGCAGCAGCAGCCGCAGCCGCCGCAGCUGCAGUUAUGAGACCUGGUACGACCGACAAAAAGGCCCCGCUUAAGGCUCAGAAACCGUUCACCCCGGCCAGUGGAAUACCUGGUCCUAACGGGCUGAAGAUGCCAUUCAUGGAAGGCAUGCCGCAUUUACCUUUUCCACCUUUUAACUUUUGGAGUCCUGCCCCCUUCUUACCCUCGCCGUUCAUGCCGGGUGCCGCUAACGUACCGACCAUGAUUCCUGAGCAAUACUUUGCCUCGCAAAGGAUGCGUGGUCUGCAAGAACAACAAAGAAGCGCAGCGAUAGUUCAGCAACAGCCGCAUCAACAACACUCGCAACGAGAAAGAGAGGGUGGUGCGGCAGUGCCAACAACGGAAACACCUGGAACAUCAACUGCGAGAAAUUCUACAAGCGCUAAGACGCCGAGAGAAUUGACAGAAAGCCUUUACGAUGGUACCGGGGCGAAUGGAAGUUUUUUGGACAAUCUUAUAAGAUCGAGUCUCGAGACCGGUAUACCUAGGGACCAGCGAGUCUUAAACGAGACCAGGAGUCAACAGCAACAAACGUCGUCUUCAUCGUCUACGUCGUCGACUUCGUCGCAACAACAGCAACAACAACAGCAACAACAACAACAUCCAGAAACGAUGAGCGGCAAAGCCCUGAUCGAUCAACUCUGUAGGAAUUCGAGGAGGACACCGUUGUCGCGUAUAACGCAAGAUAGUAGCGAAGAUGAGAGUUACAGGGGACCACCAUCGGGAACCUCCGGCAGACUCGAUAGAGUACCAGAGAGACCAGAGAGGGUACCCACCGUUGAUCUCAGUCCCUCGCCCUCCGAAAGGGCUCGUACCGAUGAUGGUAGCGAUCGUUUGACCUCACCACCAACGCCUCUUUCAAUAUCUCGUGCGGGAAGCAGGGACGAGGACAGUACUCGCGAAUCGAGGUUAGAUCGUGCCAGUAGAGAACGCGAAAUUCAUAACGGUGCAGCUCAGGAAGAUCGAGGUGGUACUCUCGUACAACAACAACAACAACAACAACAACAAUUGAAUCAUUACCCGGACUUACACAAUCUUUAUGCCGUAACAACUGACAAAAAAAGUGCCUGUGAUAGUAAGCUUAUAGUAGAUCAUUCGAGCCAGAAGACUCAACAACAACCGCAGCAACAACAACAACAACAACAGCCGAAAGAAUACGCCGCUGUAAGCGGUUUGGUCGUGCAACUGCAAAGGGGUUACAAUACUGGCAGCAGCAGGUCUGGCGAACAAACCAACAGCCAACAACCGGCGGAACAACGUGGACCUGUUAUCGGUAUGGAAGACUCCGUAGAGCAGUAGACGAAAGUCAGUAUCAGUUAUCAAUAAGGUAUAGAAUUAUGGUAACGGUAAUCGAUUUCGAACGUUAAUACCGUAAAACCUUAUUCAUUCGAAUAACUCUGUAGUUAUAUACCCCCAUGUCUCUCAAUUCCGUUCUUCGUCCUUUAUCGCAAAUGGUUCCAUUCCAAUUCGACGAUUCGAUUAGGAUGAUCAAUGACGAAGAUUAGAAGACUAUUUGGACGUAAUACAAGGACUAUCCACUUACCCCAAACCCCCAACACAUUCCCUCUAUAUACCCGAACUUCGUUCGAAAACUAUAGAUAUUUGAAGAAGCUAAUCUUCUUCUUCUUGGACUCUCCUAUGACAGAGAUCAGUGAAAAAAUCAGUAAGAGAAAAAUAACGCUUCGGGUAAUAUCGAUCGAGUAAACUCACUAUCAAUUUUUUCAAAAAAAA